UUACACGAACACGGAGCGUUAGGGCUGUUCAAGUUGAUCUUUUGAAAGGACUUGUCGCGAAAAGGAAUUUUGUCGCGUCUUGUGAUCGGUUCGACGUACUAUAGUGACAUUUUCGCGGUGAAUAUACUUAUGUUAGGGCAAUUUUGCGGAGAGUGAUAUGGCGUUGGAACUCAGUUUACAUAAUACAGGGUCGGCUGUGAUGCCGCUGGACUUUAGUAGUAAUGGGGGCGGACAUCAUCACAGGGAAUGCAGUCCGGAAGUGAACGUGUCGGACUCGGGUCCGGCGAGUCCGGUGAUGAGUCCGGGUGGGCAGCAGGAAGCCGGGAGUAGCGCGUUUACUGUAGUCACGCCGAAAGGUAGAGAUAAAAAUGAUACCUUGGACUACUCUUCCCUAUUCGCCGCCAACUUCCUGCGACGGAGGCAACAUGGCACGGGCAGUGUUUCCACUGCUGCCGCCCUCGGCCUCACCGGCUACCGAAGUGCCCUCUGGGAUUCGUCGAUAGUGCCCCUCGAUCCACGGUACCUGUCCACGUUGGCGGCUCAAGCUGUGUCCGCUGCGGGGGUCAAUGGUAGUGAAGACACCAAAGCCAAAUCUUCAGAUCAGAUCACAUUUGGUAUGAACCGGUUUGUGUCUAAAUCAGACGAUGAGGAAGAAUCACCAAACAACAAUAACACCAAAUACUGUCACAAAGAAGAAAACAGCGGCUACUUUAGUGGAGAUGAGCGAACGUCACCGAAAAAUGACAGUACGUGGGAUCACUCUCCUAAUCGACCUUCCCCUAGUACCAGCCCUGAAUUAGAAGUAGAUUCACCGCCACAUUCUAGGACAAACUCGCCAUCACUAAGGGAUUCGCCAAGACCAUCCUCCGUCACCGACCUACACAAAGAAGAAUCCCCGGGCAAAAAAAGCGAAUCAUUCUCAGUCAGCGCAUUGCUCCGACCAGACAAUCCCAAAAAGCUCUCCAAAACCACACCUUGUUACGAGGAAACCAUCUCUGUAACCCGCUCGUACCUGUACCCCCCAUUCGGCGACCUGAUGAAAGACGCACAAGCCUUGAAGAGCAACCUUCAAGAGUACAGUCCUGCGUUUUUACCCCGAGGGUUUAUACCUCCUAGUUUCUUUCCACCCAAUUUAUACCAGCAAAAGGAAGGCGAUGAACGGGCAUUUCUCCCGACGACUACGUCACUAUAUUUUAGCGCAAUGGCGGCCGCUAUGGCGAGUAGUAACCAGGCCGGGAGUCCGUACCCUGUGACGCCAUCGGCUGAAGAUAUUUACCGAUUGCGGCAUCAUCUGAUGAAUAAUCCGGCAGGGGUGCACCCGCACCAUCAUCAUUUGUUGAUGAGGCCGGGAAUGAUGCCUCUAGGUGACGUGUAUUCUUGUAUAAAAUGCGAAAAAAUGUUCUCCACACCUCACGGCUUGGAAGUACAUGCGAGACGAUCUCAUAACGGCAAGCGACCUUUCGCUUGUGAACUGUGCAAUAAGACUUUUGGACAUGAAAUUAGCUUAAGCCAGCAUAGAGCUGUACAUAAUGUUGAAAAAGUCUUUGAAUGCAAGCAGUGCGGAAAGUCCUUCAAGAGAUCAUCUACUCUAUCGACGCAUCUUCUAAUUCAUUCCGACACGAGGCCUUAUCCUUGUCAGUACUGCGGCAAAAGGUUUCAUCAAAAAUCAGAUAUGAAGAAACACACCUACAUCCAUACUGGUGAAAAACCGCACAAGUGCACCGUAUGCGGCAAGGCCUUCAGCCAAUCGUCCAACCUUAUCACCCACUCGCGCAAGCACACCGGCUUCAAACCGUUCGCCUGCGACCUGUGCGGCCGCGCGUUCCAGCGCAAGGUCGAUCUGCGCAGACACAAGGAGACUCAGCACACCGAACUGCGUCCCAGCAUCACAUAGUGCCACACUACCGGAAGUUCUACGCAACUUCCGCCGCCUGUCCGGAGUUCGCCGCAACAGCAACUGUCCAGUCCCAUGCAACUGUCGGUAGGUAAUACUCAACUGAACAGUUUUCACGCCGCGUCGCAGGGAAGGGACCAGUUGCAAGGUAGUUCAGUAGAUAACGCUGCUAAGGCCCUGUUCAGACCGCAGUUAGGUUUGAUGGAUCAAGGUCAAGGAGGGUUGUUGGUGCAGACGCAACAGGAAGGAUUGAGGUCGACCUUUUCAAAUAUUUGUUGGACGAAUUAAAUAGGUUUUGUUUAUGGUUAGCUUGCAAUAAUUUUUAAACUGUCAAAAUUUAAAAAAAUAAUUUAUAUUCUAGUACCAUUUCACUUUGGAUUAAUUAUAGUAUACAGGGCAUUUCAAUAUUCCGUGUACGUGAAACUACUAUAUAUUUUUAAAUUCAAAAUAAGUUAAUUGAAAAU